AUGACCAACCAAGUCCGGCACCAGCCCUCGCGGCAGUCCAAGCAGCCCAUCAAGCCGACCAAGUCUCCCAAGAAACAUCAGUCCUUGCGCCGACACCGCCACCAGUGCCGCCCUUACACCCCUAGCUUGCGGGCGGAUCUGGCCCCGGCCGCCUCAGUACCUAAGUAUUUCGAGCAGUCCGAGCGCUCCCAGCAGCCAAGCUGGAACAGCCCAAGCACCAGCAGACCAGUUGGCCCAAGGAUCCACCCCGACCGAGCCGGCCAAGCAGCUCUAGCACCAGCAGCCCAAGUCGCCUGCCAUUGCGUCGAGGUGCCGGACCGUCACGAUCAAGCUCAACAGAACAACGUCUCGCGCUUGGCACCCGACUCCAGCCAACACUCCAUUGGGACAAGGCAUGUUCAAGACCACCUUGGCGGCUGCCUCGCACCAAAUCUCUGCGAGACCCAUUACGAGGCAUGCCUUCGGUGA